AUGUCGGCCAACGGUGGCUUGUCGCCGGCGGGCACAAGUACAUAUGACAGCAGUACAAUGUAUGUCGGCGAUGGGACAUGGGACAGCGAACGCAACACCUUCCUCCUGCCGAACCUGCAAGGCCUCAACUUCGCAACGAUGCAAUACAACGGCAUGGGCAACCGCUUCCGAGACCUGCCGCAAUAUCACGUCCUCAUUACUGGCCACGGAGUAAUAGCUGCGAUCACAUUCCUUGGACUGCUACCUGCCGCGAUCUUCAUUGCUAGGUUCUUCCAUGUGCAGGGCAGGUGGGCAUUAAAGCUGCAUGUUUACUUGCAGAUCUUAACCGUGUUCCUGGCGACUGUGGUGCUGGUGCUAGGAUGGUUCGCCGUCGGACCGGAGAGGAGCUUGAGCAAUCCACACCAUGGCAUCGGAGUCGCAAUCUAUGUCUGCAUCCUGGUGCAGUUCCUCUAUGGUUGGUGGUGGGCAAGAGUGGAGAGGAAGAGGACAAGGCCGCAUCCUACGAUUCCUCUCAAGGUGCACAUACACAGACUGUUCGGCAGAGCGAUUGCACUUCUGGCUUUCGUGCAAAUUGCCCUUGGCCUCACUUUGUACGGUUCUCCCAAGGCUCUGUUCAUCCUGUAUGCACUGUGGGGAGCUCUACUGCUUUGUGCGUAUCUGACAUUGGAGUAUCGUAACAAGCCGAGGAUUGGAACAGGACCACCUCGCAGCGCUGCAAGAUCGGACUACUACUCAGACUAUUCUGGCAGUUAUGUCACCGGAGACCAGACGGAGCUCACCCAGGAUGGACGAAGGAGAGAUAGGUCAAGAUCUCGGUCGCAUUGGGGUCGGGAUAUUCUGGCCGGGGCUGGCGCGCUGGGCGCUUAUGAGUGGUGGAAAGAUCGACGAGAAAGGAGGCUCGACGAGAAGGAGAGCCGUUACGAGGAGAUGGAGCGAAGACGACAGCGCCGUUCUGGAACCCCAGGCCCUCCUCCAGGCCCUCCCCCCGGCCCUUUGGACUCAUCUGUUGCAUCAAGACCUCCGCCACCAGGAACACCAGGUCCCGCAUAUGGGCCAUCUGGAAGCGUGCCACCACCUGCGGCGUACAAUCCGGCACCAAGACCCCAUAGUCGGGGCAGCCACAGGAGUCGAAGACACGAUGAGACUGUUCUUUCGCCGCAGUCAUGGGAAGGAGACUCAGAAGACGAAAAGUACGCCAACAGACCACCCAGGACGUCAGGCAACUGGCGAGAUCGCAUUUUGGGUGCUGGUGCUGGUAUUGCCGCUUUUGAGGGCGUCAAGAGCCUUUUCGGAAGCAAGAAGAGACGCGACGAUGAGUACGUAGGCUCUCAAACCAGCUUGAGUAGGCCUAGCCAGACGGACGUCUCGCGAGUCGAGGCAGGCCAAGCGCCGUUUUCGCCCUACGAUGCGAGAAGAAAUCCGCGGACAAACGCGCCGCCAAUGACACCUACACGGCCACCGAACAGGAGAAGACCGAGUGUCGACUCGAUGUCGUACGAUGAUGAGACCAGCUACGUGAAUCCACCUCCCAGGCAAGAUACUGGAGAAGGCCAUACUCUACGAGACAGUAUUGCAACCAUGGGUGCGAUCGCUGGCUUUCGAGAAUGGAACCGAAGGCGAAGAGACAGAAGAGAGCAAGAACGGCUUGAUAGAAUAAGACAGCAAGAGUUGGACAAUGAGGAGCAGCUGUACAACCGCCGCAAUUCAAAUAGAUACCCACGGCCACAAGAUGCCCAUGGAGGGAGGCCAAGCAUGUCGGACACCAUUCUAACCGGGCCUACGCAAGAUCCAACCAUGGGAAGUAAUCCUGAGCUGUCGAGGACGCAGUUUCGACCGGACACGACACACCCUCCGUUGCCAGCUGCAGCAGGCACAAUACCUUCCGGCAGCGGAGCACCACCUAGCACUGUGAGACCAAACGUGACUCAGCAGCCUGGCAUGCAACAAGCGCAAGUGCCUUACAACCUGCCUCCUCCGCCACCAGGCCCUCCACCACAUGCCAGCAGACCGGGCGACUAUCCGCAGCCCGCGUUUGGGUCAGCGCAGAUGCCGCAGGGAGCAGUUGAGCCCGAUCCUUCCAGGUUAGUGUCGGAGCAUCAGGCAUCGCAGCAAACGCAGCAAGACUCGAGCGGACUGUACCGCGAUGGCACUGCUGCGGCGGCGACAGAAGCUGCAGCAGCAGCCGCUGGCGUAGCAGCCGCUGGCGUAGCAGCAAGCCAGAGAACGCAGUCGCAAUCGCCAUCGCGAAGACGAGAUUCACGGUCACGUAUGCGCCGCUCUGAACGCCGAGGCAGCAGCGCAGCGGCGGCGUCCGGAUCGCAGGUGCAGAGCGGUACUGGAAUUGGAUCUACAGGUAGCCCUCCUGUUAGCGUCAAGGUGAAUAUGCACCCAGACGGUCGCCAUGUUACCCUUCGACGCCUGAACGAGGAAGAAGCGGCAGCUGAAAGAUCGGCGAGGCGUCGCGAGCGGAGAUCGAGACGAGCUUCUAGUCUGAGCUCUGGAGCUGAGGAACCAGGCCGGUACAGACGGACUGGAGGCAUCCGAGAUUCUAGUCAACAGCCAAUCAAAAACAUACCCCCGCCGCCAGCGAUGAGCAACUCUGGUGUUGGGAGACCUCCUUCCGAACUGAACCUUCCGCCGGCGCUACCGCAAGGCAUGCAGCAAAGUCAUCAGCAAGCCGGGUGGGUUCCUGGGCCUUCGAUACCAACUCAGGGAGGUCUGUUACCUCCGGCUGCUGGGCCAGCCGGUAGCGGCGCGGUCGGUGGCGGUGUGACAGGUAGUCCACCAGCCAACGUUGCCGGCGCAGGGACAGACAUGGGCACUGGAACUGAUGUGAGUGCCUUUGACAGCAAUCGCCGAAGAAGAAGGGCGGAGAGAGCAAGGAGGGCGCAAGCCGCGAGCGGGCAAAAGGGCGUUGAGUUCGAGUAG